ACCUCACUCCCAGACUCCUUGCAGAACUCUCCGCCUGCUUCCAGGUUGGGCCCUACUCCGAGCCCGCGACGUUUGCGGCAGCCGGGCCACGAUGCCCAGUGAAACUCUCUGGGAAAUUGCAAAAGCUGAAGUGGAAAAAAGAGGAAUUAAUGGAAAUGAAGGUGAUGGAGUAGAAAUUGGAGAAAAAUCUGUUUUCUUCAUUGGCAGUAAAAAUGCGGGAAAGACUUCUAUUAUUCUAAGGUGUCUUGACAGAGAUGAGCCACCAAAACCAACCUUAGCUUUGGAGUAUACAUAUGGAAGAAGAGCAAAAGGGCACAACACACCAAAAGAUAUUGCUCACUUUUGGGAACUGGGUGGAGGAACCUCCUUAUUGGACUUAAUCAGCAUACCUAUCACAAGUGACACAUUACGGAUGUUUUCUCUUGUUCUUGUUCUGGAUCUUUCAAAACCUAAUGAUCUUUGGCCCACCAUGGAAAAUCUCUUGCAAGCCACAAAAAGCCAUGUAGACAAGGUGAUAAUGAAACUGGGAAAGACGAAUUCUAAAGCAGUUUCUGAAAUGAGACAGAAGAUCUGGAAUAAUAUGCAGAAGGACCAUCCUGAUCGUGAAAUAAUUGACCCAUUUCCAGUACCUCUGGUCAUUAUUGGAAGUAAAUAUGAUAUUUUUCAGGAUUUUGAGUCUGAGAAGAGAAAGGUAAUAUGCAAGACACUUCGAUUUGUUGCACAUUAUUAUGGAGCAUCAUUAAUGUUUACCAGCAAAUCAGAAGCUCUAUUACUAAAAAUACGUGGCGUUAUCAACCAGUUGGCAUUUGGCAUUGACAAAAGCAAAUCAAUAUGUGUGGAUCAGAAUAAACCACUGUUUAUCACAGCAGGACUGGAUUCUUUCAGUCAGAUAGGAUCUCCUCCUGUUCCUGAAAAUGACAUUGGAAAGCUUGAUGCCCACUCACCAAUGGAGUUGUGGAAAAAAGUAUAUGAAAAGCUCUUUCCACCAAAGAGUAUUAACAUGCUGAAAGAUAUCAAGGACCCCGCGAGAGAUCCUCAGUAUGCUGAAAGUGAAGUAGAUGAGAUGAGAAUUCAGAAGGAUCAGGAACUGGAACAGUACAAAAGAAAUUCUUCCAAGUCUUGGAAACAAAUCGAACUUGAUUCUUGAGCCUAAUUCAAUUAUUGUAUCUUCUUUUCCAAAUCCAAAUAAGAUUAUAUUAUGAAUUAACUAUUGUGAUAAUAUGUGAAGAAAGUUAAACUGUAUAAUUUGUUAAAGGACAAGCUGGGUUUCUUGAACUAGUGCAUCUCCCUGUAUAUCUUGAAGCUUUUUAAAAGGAAAAAAAUAUUUCAGAACCAUGUGUAAUUUUUUUAAAUAAAAUAAUCUACCUACCU